CGCUAACUGGUCAGGAGAGGGGGUAGUUCACUUCUCCAAGGCAAAGAAGUCUCUGCAACUGUCCAAAGUGAGUUGUGUAGACUGUGAGACAUAACACGCGAGCAGGUGGAAAUGGAAGAGGUAUGACAGAAAGACGAAAACCCUUAGAGGGACAAACAGACAUGGACACAGCAAGAGGGAGGGAGAGAGAGACAGCAUGAGGAGACAUGAAAGACAAACAGUGUGACUCUGGGUGUACUGAUUAGCCUAUCCACAGCAACUGCCUCAGUGAAAACAUCAGCCCUGUUGUUUCUGUUUACACAUACCAUACAGUAUACAGAGAGCAAAAGGAGAAUAGAGAGAGGGAAAGAUGGACAGUCAAGACAAGGGUGGAGGAAAGGCAGGGAGCGAAGAAGGGAUGUCUGACAAGGAGGACCAGAAAGUCGAAUCCUGUGACAAUGUCAAACAGAUGAAAGAGCAAUGCAACACAGCGGAGAAGGGAGAGAAGGAGAACGAGGGAGGGGAAAAGGAGAGGAAAGACCAGAAGAGGGACAGCCGACGUUCAGGCUCUUUGUGGAAAGGCGGCUGGGCGCUGACCGAGAGACUGGCCAUCAAUGUGUCAGGCAUGCGGUACGAGACGCAGCUCCGUACUCUGGCCCAGUUCCCCGAUUCCAUGCUGGGAGACCCGCGCCGGCGGCUGCGGUACUUCGACCCGCUGCGGAACGAGCUGUUCCUGGACCGGAACCGCGCCUGCUUCGACGCCAUUCUCUAUUUCUACCAAUCGGGCGGGCGCCUGCGCCGGCCCGCGAACGUGCCUCUCGACGUCUUCAUGGACGAGCUGGAGUUUUACGAGCUGGGCGAAGACAUCAUGGCGCGCUUCAAGGACGACGAAGGGUUCCCCAAGGAGGAGGUGCGCCCUUUGCCUGAAAACGAGCUGCAGAGGCGCCUGUGGAUGCUGUUUGAGCACCCAGAGUCUUCCUCUGGCGCCCGAAUUAUCGCCAUUGUCAGCGUCAUGGUCAUCGUGGUGUCCAUCGUCAUUUUCUGCCUGGAGACGCUGCCUGACUUCAGGAAUGACAAAGAGGAAUACUUGCAUCAACACCACCCCAACAACCCCAAUUUCACCAUGCACAUCCCUCCAGCCUCCAGUCCCUUCCAAGACCCCUUCUUCAUGGUGGAGACUAUGUGUAUCUGCUGGUUCUCCUUUGAGCUGCUGAUGCGCUUUUCCUGCUCACCCAGCAAGAUUCACUUCUUCAAAGAUGUCAUGAACGUCAUUGACUUCACUGCCAUCCUCCCCUACUUCGUCACACUUGGAACGGAGCUGGCCAAGUCCAAGGGCAGCACUCCAGCCAUGUCGCUGGCCAUAGUGAGGGUCAUCCGUCUGGUAAGAGUCUUCCGAAUCUUCAAGCUUUCCCGACACUCCAAGGGGCUUCAGAUCCUGGGCCAGACCCUGAGAGCCAGCCUGCGCGAGCUUGCCCUGCUCAUCUUCUUCCUCUUCAUCGGAGUCAUCCUCUUCUCCAGCGCCAUCUACUUUGCAGAGGCUGACCACAAGGACACGGCUUUCACCAGCAUCCCAGAGGCCUUCUGGUGGGCCGUGGUCACCAUGACAACGGUGGGAUAUGGGGACAUGUACCCAGAGACGGUGUGGGGGAAGAUGGUAGGGUCAAUGUGUGCCAUUGCUGGAGUGCUGACUAUCUCCUUGCCGGUGCCUGUCAUUGUCUCCAAUUUCAGCUACUUCUACCACAGGGAGAAUGAGUGUGAGGACAGGCAGGAGUACACCCACGUCAAGACCUCGCUGUGGGUGGAGGAGGGCAAUGAGGAGAGGGAGGGAGAAGGGGAGGGUGAUUUUCUUCCCUUGGAGGGCAUCUGUCCUCCUCUCAAUGGAACUUUGUUGGGGGGGCUUUGUGCAGGUCAGGAUGGGAAACAGACAGGGGGUAAUCUGUACCCCAGGGAGCCCCUGGUGACACAGGUGUGAUGUGGAGAGGUUAAACAUGUGCAUGCACAGAUUGGAUGCCACAGUAUAUGCAUUCUGACACCGGGAGGGGAAGUGACUGUAGACACACUUACACUGAUUGACUGAACACCACAUUCAUAAACAGGGUAGCACAGUACAUUUCCAGUGACGCACUAGCACAGUUACACUGACAAAUUAACGGAGCAAGUGUUUACAUAAUGUUUCAAUGGCUCUGCUGACCUGGCCGCUACAGCACAUUAAGCCACGCUCUGUGUGAAGGCAAGCAAAACAGAAUCACUUCUGUGUCUGACAGCAAUCGAAGAAUGUCAAAUAAUAGUCAAGUGCUUUAACAUGAUAUAUCUUAUACAGAACAUGUCAGUACGGCCUUAAUCGUCAGAAGGAUGGAGAAUAUUAAAAUAUAUAUUUAUUUAUUGACUCAGUAUUUAUUUAUUACUAACAUUUUAGCAAUCAUGUGUUAAUUUAUGAAUCUGUAACAAAUUGUUUUGAUGUUAUGUGGUAUUUGUAUAAUUACUUAAUGUUGUAUUAAUGACUUUGUUCUGUUUAGGUGGCUAGGCGAAGCAUUUAUCGAGAUAAGCUACGUGUAUGACCCCACCAAAGCAGGUGCAGUACCUAGUACAAGACAGAAUGCUAACGCUAACACUCUGAAAUUCUAAAUUUCAGAAUUAAUUGCAAUCGCACAAAUCCCCACACAGAGUAAGCUGUACCACACAAACUUUAUAAAAUACUGUCUCAUAGUUUAUUGCACCACAUGUGUACUAUUUUAAGCUGUUCUGUAAUAUAAUACAUGAAGUGACCCAUUAACUACUGGACAGGUCAAAUAAAGAUAUACAAAGUGUAUGUACAUUAUUGGGUGAAUGUCAAUAGAAUGCUGCAUUGGUGUUUGCAUUGUAUUCUGUGUUUAUAUGUAUUUAAUAAAGCUAUAUUUUAUCAAUUA